AUGGCUGCGAACGCAUCCGCGUUCGACCUUCCUCCCCUACCAUCCUACACCUUGACAUCGCGAGAACAUUUGCUUGCUCCUCUUCCUGACAAUAUCCUUUCACUCAUAUUGCCCGUCGUCGCUUAUUGGGGCUUGUCCAUGAUCUAUCAUUACCUCGAUGUCAAUGAUUAUUUCGUCGAAUACCGUCUCCACACCCCCGCAGAGGUUCUGAAACGAAACAAAGUGACCCGCUGGGAAGUGGUACGGGAUGUGGUCUUACAACAAGUGAUUCAAACCGUGGCCGGUUUUGCUUUUGUAUACUUCGACGCCGAGGAAACGGUUGGCAGAGAGGAAUAUGAUGUGGCCGUGUGGGCGCAGCGAUUGCGGAUCGCCCAAAAGGCUAUCCCGUCAUUAUUAGCUCUUGUUGGAGUUGACGCUAUUAGUCUUGGAAAAUCCGUGUCCCAAAGCGGUUACACCAUGUUGGCGGGUGCUCUGGCUGGCGGAUCAUACCCCGAUGUGACCCAGUCCAUCCUCGAUAACGGAGUCGAGGCUGUGGCGCCCGCAUUCACGAGCUGGGAAAUGGCAGUUGCCGGUUUCAUAUAUUGGUACUUUGUGCCAACCCUCCAGUUCAUUCUGGCGAUUUCCAUUGUGGAUACCUGGCAGUACUUCCUCCACCGCGCUAUGCAUCUGAACCGGUGGCUCUAUGUGACUUUCCAUUCCCGCCACCACCGCCUUUACGUCCCUUAUGCUUUCGGCGCCCUCUACAAUCACCCAUUUGAGGGAUUCCUUCUGGACACGGCUGGCACUGGUGUUGGAUUCUUGGUCUCCGGCAUGACCACCCGUCAGGCCAUGUGGUUCUUUACAAUGUCGACUAUCAAAACGGUCGACGAUCACUGUGGCUAUGCCUUCCCCUGGGAUCCGCUACAGCAUUUCACUUCCAAUAAUGCCGCGUACCACGACAUUCAUCACCAAAGCUGGGGUAUCAAGACCAACUUCUCCCAGCCUUUCUUCAUCUUCUGGGACCGUCUCCUUGGCACUCAGUGGACUGGUGAGGUCAAGCUGCGCUACGAGCGAGCUAGAGAGAAUGCCCAGAAGCAGGUGGAUCUGGAUGCUGCCCAGGCGCCUGAUACACCGGCUGUGACUGAGGAACGUGAACAUGAGCGAGUAGUGGUGUCACCCGAGGGACCUGCGACCCGCACUCGGCUGCGCCGAAAGACUGUUGAUAGUCUCAAGGGCCCGAGUCAUGGGGUUCCUGGAAGUGUUCUCCACAACUAA